AUGUCUUCAACUUUCUUUAAUGUUUUUCUUCCUCUUUUUCUGGUUCAUCUGUUCAUCAUUUCAUCAUCUACCUAUGCCACCAGAUCCCAUUUUCUUCCAUCAACAACCCUUAAUUCAUCUAAACAACAAACAGAAGAUCCCAUAACCUCCCCUGACAUCUUUUCUCAAGAUGAUCAUAAUAAUACCUUCAAAGAUGACUCUUCAACUCUGAGGUUCAUAAUUCCUUCUCUUGCUAUUAAGAAUCCUCGUAAAUUCCUUGCCGAACAUGCUGGUUACAUCCCGAUUCCAUAUCGUGAAAGGAUGUUCCACUUCUUCUUUCCUUCACGUAAUAACCAGGCCAAUGACCCAUUUAUACUAUGGUUGAAUGGAGGACCCGGAGCAAGUGGUUGCACUGGGUUAUUCUAUGAAAAUGGUCCAUUUACUCUCAAAGAUGAUGACCUCUCUCUUGUCGAGAAUAAAUAUAGUUGGGACAAGAUGUCGAAUAUUCUAUUUGUUGAUCAACCUAUGGGAACAGGUUUUAGUCACCUAAGAGAUGAUAUAAAUAUAAGACGUGAUUCAAGUAUGGUCAUCAAUGAUUUGUACAAAUUCUUGCAGAAUUUCUUUGAUGGGCAUCGUGAUUUUUCUCAAAAUGAUUUCUUCAUAAUCGGACAAACUUAUUCUGGGAACUAUGCUCCUGCUUUAGCUGCUCGGAUACAAAGUGGAAAUAACGAGAAGGGGAGCAUUCAUAUAAAUCUCAAGGGAUUUGCUAUUGGUAAUGGACACACAAAUCCUCGAAUUCAAUACCCAACAAUACCAGAAUACGCGAGGUCUCAUGAUAUAAUUACAGAAGACCAAUACGCAAUUGUAACAAAAAUUGGUAUUGAAGCUGCAUGUAUCGCUGCAUUUAUGGAUUGUGGUAAAAUAGUUCCUUUUAUUGAUGGUGUUGCUAAAGACAAAAAUCUUAAUAAUAUCGAAAAGCCUCGUGAGGGUAGUCCCUCUACCGACAAAUUUUCCAAGUUGAAUUCGUUUCUUAAUACGCCAUCCAUAAAGGAAGCUCUAAGUGCAGGAGAAAAACCAUUUGUUUCUUUGAGCCGUGAGGUAUUUAAAGCAAUGAUCAAAGACUAUAUGAAGAGUGUUGAUUCUAAAAUUGCUGGUUUACUCGAAGAGCGGCGAGGAAUCAAGGUCCUUAUCUACGUGGGAGAUCAAGAUCUUGUAAACAAUUGGAUUGGAAUUGAGAAGUGUGUGUCCGAAAUGAAUUGGUAUGGUAAAGAAGAGUUUAAUGGAGCUUCAGAUGAUGAUUUUGUUGUUGAUGAUACGACUGUGGGAUCUAUUAAAAAAUAUGGUCCUCUCACUUACGUUAAGAAUACUAUUGGGAAUGCGACCUUCCUAAUUAACUGUUACGGACCAUUUUGUAAGCCCAAAAUGCUCGCACAUCCUACAUACACAAUAAUAGUUACAAAUAUGAGAGAAUAUUCGGUGGUUGCUUAUAGCACCACUAGUGAAUACUUGACAUGUGGUCAAAAUAUAGGGAUCAGAUCGACAUGGCUCUGUAUGCUAUUACGCUCUCUAACCUUCAUAUAUAUCUGCUUGAGUACUCGGGUAGAAGCAGUGUAUGAGGAAAAAGGUGGACAGGCGUCGUCCAGAGAAGGUUCUCCUCAUUGGACGUUUUGCUUUAAUAUGGAAUUACGUACUCAUUUUGAUUCAACCAUCUUUGGGACUCAUAAAAGUACCUUGUCUCUGUCUUCUGCCUUCGAAACUGCAGCUGCAACAUCAGCUGUUCCCGAUCCCUUUCCUUAUGAGGUUGAGGAUCUUGAUUCUGUUCCUGCUCCUGCACUACUCAUUUCCGUCUUCGGUCCAAGCUCCAGGAAAGGAGUCUAUUUUUGGAAUUCCUUCUUUUGUCUACGCUAA